AUGACCGAAACUUCCAAUGACCUACAUGGCAUGGUUCCAGACUCGAAUGAUACUGUAUUGUUGUUGAUCGAUGUGAUCAAUCAUUUAGAUUUUGAAGGAAAUGAAGAACUGUUGCUGGUAGCAGAGGAAAUUGGAAAACGAAUUGCGAAAUUGAAAGCAGCAGCACACAAAGCCGGUAUUCCAGUUGUGUAUGUGAAUGAUAAUUUCGGUAAAUGGAAAUCUGAUUUUCAUAACGUUAUUGAAUAUGUUAUUAACGAAAAUAAACCUGGAAAACCAUUAGCGCAAUUAUUGCAACCACAAGAAGAUGAUUAUUUCGUUCUGAAACCCAAGCACUCAGCCUUCUAUUCUACACCGCUUGAUAUCCUCCUCAAUCAUUUAGAUGCAGAGAAGUUGAUUUUAGUCGGUUUUGCCGGUAAUAUUUGUGUGCUAUUCACAGCCAAUGAUGCUUACAUGAGAAAUUUCAAACUAAUUAUUCCAAGAGAUUGUAUUGGAUCAAAUACGAAAGAAGAAAAUGAAGCUUGUUUGGAUCAGAUGGAGAAGUUACUCAAAGCUGAUACGCGACCAUCGACUGAAAUCAUCGAAGACAUGAUCAAAAAGCCAAAGAGGAAGAAGACUGAUGCCGAACGAGCACAGGAACCGAAAAAAGUGGUUAAAAAAUAA